AUUCCGUUGCGAUCAGAGAAAGAAAAUGAAUUGGAGUGUGCUACUUCUUCUUGGCUUAUGGUUAGCGACAGCCAAUGCCAGCUAUAAUUAUUAUCGCCUGCCGUCAGCUCUGCGACCCCAGAAGUAUGACUUGCGCAUCCUCACAAUUCUGGAAAAUGUGGAGGAUUUUCACUUUGGCGGAAAUGUGAAAAUUCAGAUAGAAGCACUGGAGAACACCAAAAACAUAACUUUGCACUCGAAGCAUCUGUCUAUCGAUGAGUCCCAGAUCACUCUUCGACAAAUCAGCGGAGAGGGGAAAAAGGAUAACUGCGUGACCUCCACGGAGGUGAAUCCCACCCACGACUUUUAUAUCCUAAACACCUGCCAGGAACUUUUGGCUGGCCAAGUGUAUGAGUUGAAUUUGCCCUUUUGGGCCAAAUUAAACGAUCAACUGGAGGGAUAUUACAGAAGUUCUUAUGUUGACCCUUUGGCCAACGAAACGAGAUGGAUCUCCAUUACUCAUUUUGAGCCAGCUUCAGCUCGAUUGGCCUUUCCCUGCUUCGAUGAACCCGGCUAUAAGGCACCCUUUGCGAUCACCCUGGGCUAUCACAAGAAGUUCACGGGUCUCAGCAACAUGCCCGUGAAGAAAACCAAGCCUCAUGAGUCGAUUCGCGAUUACAUUUGGACGGAAUUCCAAGAGUCGGUGCCGAUCUCAACCUACUUGGUGGCGUAUUCCGUCAAUGAUUUCUCCCACAAACCGUCCACCCAGCCAAAUGGCGCUCUUUUCCGCACCUGGGCAAGACCCAAUGCCAUCGAUCAGUGUGAUUAUGCCUCGGAGUUUGGACCCAAAGUUCUCGAAUACUACGAGCAACUGUUCGGCAUAAAGUUCCCGCUCCCGAAGGUCGAUCAGUUCGCCGUGCCCGACUUUAAUAUUGGUGCCAUGGAAAACUGGGGCUUGGUUACUUACAGAGAAACUGCCCUUCUGUACUCCAGUGAGUUUUCCUCACUUAAGGAUAAACAAGAACUUUCCAAUAUAGUGGCUCAUGAGUUGGCCCACCAGUGGUUCGGAAAUCUCGUAACCAUGAAGUGGUGGACCGAUCUCUGGCUUAAAGAGGGUGUGGCCACCUAUUUAGCUACUCUGUGCGUGGAACACAUCCAUCCGGAGUGGCGUUCAAUGGAACUAGAAUCGUUGUCCAACUUGCUUGCCAUCUUUCGAAAGGACGCCCUAGAAGGAAGUCAUCCCAUUUCGAGACCCAUAGAAAGAGUAACGCAGAUUUCUGAGAGCUUCGAUGAGAUCUCGUACGAGAAAGGAUCAUCGGUUCUGCGAAUGAUGCACUUGUUCCUGGGGGAGGAGUCGUUCCGCAUGGGUCUCAAAUCGUAUCUGGAGAGGUAUGCUUAUAAGAACGCGGAACAGGACAAUCUGUGGGAGUCACUUACUCAAGCUGCUCACAAAACUGGUUCUCUGCCAAGGGAUUAUGACAUAAAGACCAUCAUGGACUCCUGGACUCUACAAACCGGAUAUCCCGUGCUUAAUGUAACCCGAGACUACGCGGCAAAGACUGCGGAGAUCAGUCAGGAACGCUACCUUCUGAAUACCGAAUUAUCUAGAACCGGGAAGGAAUGUUGGUGGGUGCCACUGAGCUAUACCACUCAGGAGGAGAAGGACUUUAACAACACGUCGCCCAAAGCCUGGAUGGAGUGCAGCAGGACUGGCGAGAGUCCUGUCAAGACAAUCGAAGAUCUACCAGGGCCCGAUCAGUGGGUGAUGUUCAACAAUCUUUUAUCAUCGCCCUAUAAGGUCAAUUACGAUGCCCAAAACUGGAAGCUACUUAUCGAGACCCUAAAUGGCGAAGGGUUCCAGAGCAUUCACGUGAUCAAUAGGGCCCAGCUUAUAGACGAUGUCCUGUACCUAGCUUGGACAGGGGAGCAGGACUACGAGAUCGCGUUACAAUUGAUCAAAUAUUUGCACCAGGAACGGGAGCUUUUGCCUUGGAAGUCGGCCUUCGAGAAUCUCAAGUUGCUGAACCGCAUUGUCCGCCAAACACCCAACUUCGAGUUCUUUAGGAAUUUUGUGAAACAGCUAAUCACACCUGUUUACAAACACCUGAACGGCAUCAACGACACAUUUAGUUCGAUCCAACAGCAAGAUCAGAUCCUCCUGAAGUCGAUGGUGGUCGACUGGGCCUGUCAGUACCAGGUGGCAGAUUGUGUGCCCCAGGCCUUGGCCUACUACCGCAACUGGAGAUCGGAGGCUGAUCCCGAUGAGAAGAACCCGGUUCCGAUCAACGUGCGUAAUACUGUUUACUGCACCUUGAUAAAGGUAGGAUCCGAUGCUGACUGGGAGUUCCUGUGGACGCGGUACAAGAAUUCGAAUGUGGCAGCCGAAAAGAAGACCAUCCUGACGGCUUUGGGUUGUUCGAGGGAGGUGUGGCUGCUGCAGCGUUAUCUGGAGCUGAUCUUUCACCCCAAGGAGGAAGUUCGCAAGCAGGACUCCAAAUGGGCCUUCCAGGCGGUGGCCAAAACAGAACUCGGCUUCCUAUUGGCCAAAAAGUACUUUAUGGAUAAUGUGGAGUUUAUAAACAAUUUCUACCAUCAACUGACCAGAAGUUUGACUCGUCUCCUAGAACCCCUUGAAAAACAGGUCUUUAGUCGAAAGGACUACAAUGAGUUCAAAGAAUUUGUGAUCAACUCGAAAGGGUCUUUUAAGGGUUCGGAGGAGGCGAUUCAACGGGCGUUGGAGGUAAUGCUGACCAAUGUCCAGUGGAAGGAGCGAAAUUAUGAGCAAUUUACCCGGGCUAUCAAGAAACUCCUAUAAACUAUUCCGAAUCGCACGAAUUGAUAAUGUCUUUUAAUUUUUUACUGCCUCACAAAUAAAAUUGUUUAAGUCUAAAAAAAGAAAUGCUAACA